UCUAACUUCAUGAGUGAUGAUAGACAUGAAAUCCUCUUUGCUGUGAGGAGUCAGAUGCUUUGAGGAUUCGGAUGCCAAAGGAUAAAGAAUAAACCGUAUAGCACUAACGAUCUAAAUCAUUAUUCAUAACUGUGAUAUUUCAUAUCAUGAUAGAUUUGGCAAAGUACCGGCAAGAAAUGAGGAAACUGUCGACCAGAUAAUCUGAUCGAUUGGCAACAACAUUUUAGGGUAUUCGUACAGGAACAUAACGGGUUUAAAGAUGUUUGCCUUCAAUAGACUGCGACUUCGUUCCAUCACCUUGUUCUUGAGCUCUAUGACAAUUUGUCGGCUCCUGUACACCCAAACCUCACCAAUGGUUUUUACUGUGGAUUCUUCUGAUGAUUUAUCUUUGGAAAGAUCAUGCUCUUGCAGGACUUGUGUAAUGGACUUCAUGGACGAUGACUGGUUCGUUUAUCGUUACAACCCCACCGUUCCAGCUCUGCUCAACAGGAAAAACAGUGUGCUACGUGGAGAAACAUAUAAAUGGUGGAAUGGUCUACAACAUAUACGACAAUAUACAAAAAUCAAAGUCAACUAUACAGAGGUGGUGGACCAGCUGUUUUCUCUCUUCCCUGAUGAAGAUUACUACUCAGAUGGUGGUCCAGAUCGAUGCCGAACCUGUGCUGUGGUGGGAAACUCUGGAAAUCUCCUCGGAUCCAACUAUGGACCUCUCAUAGACUUCCAUGAUGUUGUCAUUAGGAUAAAUAAGGGCCCCACAAAAGGUUUUGAGAAAGAUGUGGGUUCUAAAACUACACACCGAAUUCUCUAUCCUGAGAGUGCUAUGGACUUGGACAACAACAACACCCACCUGUUGUUAUUUCCCUUUAAGAUUCGGGACAUGCAGUGGCUAAUUAGUGCCUUCACCAUCAAACACAUCACACACACAUAUGUACGAGUAAAAUCUUCAAUAAAUGCCAAUGAGAACAGGGUGAUGAUUCUCCAUCCUGCAUUUAUUAAAUAUGUCUAUGAUAGCUGGUUGCAGAAACAUGGAAGAUAUCCAUCCACUGGCUUCAUAACAAUAAUAUUAGCCCUUCACAUGUGUGAUGAGGUGAAUGUUUUUGGGUUUGGUGCUAAAAGUGAUGGAACCUGGCAUCAUUACUUUGACAGAUCUCACACUCACUACAAAGGAGGUCCUCACGGUGGAGAUUUUGAAAACAAAACAAUGCAUGAACUUGUGCAGAGAAACAAGAUUUCAAUAUAUAAAGGAUAUAUAUAAAGAAGGGUAAACAAUAUUUACCUUUAAUGAUGGAGCUCAAUAUGGAAUCAGUACACAAAUGGUUUCAGUGGUUUUAAUAUGUCAACGAAUGAAGGCUAACAAUGGCAACAAUUUGCUACAAAAUGCAAUAGAAGACCCUACUGUUUUAUUUAUAAUCACAAUAACCUACUGUAUCUACACACUUUAAGCUUAUUCUAUAUUUGCUUAAGUACUAUUGUCUAUAAUCUGAUUAAAUCUGGAAUGUAAAAGAUCAAAUAAAGCGCAACCUAUUUAUGUAAAUAAAGUUUUUUAA